AUGAAUGGUUAUCUGAGCCCAGGCACCGUGCAGAAGCCUCCUUCCCCUACAGAGUCCCUUUCCGAGAAGGAUGCGGCACAGCUGCUACUCGCCGCCCGCGAUGGUUUCGCUACCCAUCUGCCCCAGGCGGCAGCCAUGCACAAUAUUCAGGAUCUGACCGACACGCCAUCGAAUCCGCGGAGUGUUGAUUCCACGGCGCCGAACUCUCCCAGAAUCCCCCCUGUGCGACAAAACUCGGGCACCCAGACUCCCCGAGUGCGUCCGCAUGCCACGACCCUCAACAUUCCGGGAAUGACGCGCUCCAAGGUCUCACCCGAUGGCAGGAUUCCCGAGCGAGAUGUCGCCGCCAAGCUUGUCAUUGUCAUGGUGGGCUUGCCCGCUCGCGGCAAGUCAUACAUUACCAAGAAGCUGCAACGAUACCUGUCAUGGCAGCAGCACGAGACGAGAAUAUUCAACGUCGGGAACAGAAGGCGCAUUGCCACAGGCAAGCCCGCCGCUGUGCACCCCAGACUUGCCCCCGAGCCUGCUCGCCUCGACCCUCCCGUUGAGGCCGCCACCAUCCUCCUGAAUGGUCGGCCGGCCCACAAGGCGCAUCGCAAGGAGACAUCCUUCCUGCACGACCCUCCCUCUCUCGACCUGAAUGGCUCGGCCAAGGUCGACGGGGACGGCCGUCUCGGAGGAGAUGCCGCCGCCCACGACGAGAACGACCAGUCGGCCAAGUUCUUUGACCCCACCAACAAGAGGGCCGCCGAGGUGAGGGAGCAGGUCGCCAUGGAGACCCUGGACGAGCUGCUCGACUACCUGCUGGACGGCGGUGGUGCCGUCGGCAUCCUUGACGCCACCAACAGCACGAUCCAGCGUCGCCAGAACAUUGUCGACCGCAUCCAGGCGAGGGAGCCGAAUCUGGGCAUCCUCUUCAUCGAGAGCAUCUGCCGCGACCCGAACCUGCUCGAGGCCAACAUGCGCCUCAAGCUGUCUGGCCCCGAUUACAGGAACAAGGAUCCAGCCAAGUCAUUGGAGGACUUCAAGGCCCGUGUUGCCGCUUACGAGAGCGCCUACGAACCCCUCGGCGAGUAUGAGGAGGCGCGCAACUUGCAAUACAUUCAGAUGAUUGAUGUCGGCCGCAAGCUGGUCCAGAAUAGGCUCACGGGUUUCCUGAGCGGUGGCAUCAGCACCUACCUUGCCAGCUUCAACCUGUCGCCACGCCAGAUCUGGAUUACUAGGCAUGGCCAGAGCGUCGACAACGAGCUGGGCAGGCUGGGCGGCGACUCUCCAAUGACGGAGCGCGGCCACUGCUACGGCCAGGCCCUGUACAAGUUCAUCACGCACAAGCGCCGCGAGUGGCUGGCGGAGCAGCAGAGCAAGGUGGCCAAGGCGUCGUUCCCACCUCUGCCCGGCGACAACACCCCUCCCUACCCCGAGGCCAACCAGGAACUCGAAAAGAACUUUUGCGUGUGGACGUCCAUGCUGCAGCGCAGCGUCGAGACGGCCGAGUACUUUGACGCCGACGAUGACUACGACGUCAAGAACUGGGAGAUGCUCAACGAGCUCAACUCGGGCCAGUUCGAGGGCAUGACGUACGCUCAGAUCGCCCGCGACCACCCGGACGAGUUCAGGAAGCGUGCCGACGACAAGCUCAACUACAUCUACCCCGGCGUGGGUGGCGAGGGCUACCUCCAGGUCAUCAGCCGUCUGCGCGACAUGGUGCGCGAGAUUGAGCGCAUCACCGACCACGUCCUCAUCAUCGGUCACCGUUCCGUAUGCCGCGUCCUGAUGGCCUACUUCAUGGACCUGACGCGCAACGACAUCACCGACAUGGACGUGCCGCUGGGCGUCCUCUACGCCAUCGAGCCCAAGCCGUAUGGGAUCGAGUUCCACGCCUACCGGUACAAUGACGAAUCGGCUUGGUUUGACGAGAUGCCCAACUAUGUUCCUCAGAAGGCUUCCCGAGGAUCUUUCUAG